CGGUUGCUUCACCGUGAUAUCAGCAGUGGGAAUAUGCUCAUCCUUCCGAAGGUUAUUCAAGCAUCCAAGGGGACGAGUCUAUCCAUCACUUGCGUUGGCGUUUUGAGCGACUGGGAGAUGUCAAAACCAGUCGACGAUCAUCAUGCAGGAUCAAGGACCGCUCAAGCCAUUCGUAUGGGGACUUAUCAGUUCAUGUCGGUGAACGUACUACAGCGCCCUGCACAUCCGGUUACAAUCACGGACGAGCUCGAGUCGUUCUUCCAUGUGCUCCUCUACUUCUGCUUCCGC